AUGAUCUCGCAACUUGAUCAGUGUGAACAAUGGAAGGCCGUUUUUAUUCUCUAUUCUUCUAAUAAUGAUGAUGUUCAAUAUAAAAUGCAUAACAAUAAUGGUAGUAAGUGUUCAAGUGGAACUAGUACUAAACUAAUUAAAAGUUUCUAUGAAUGGGAAUCACUAUCUACAAGUUUACAACAGCAUAUUAUUGAAGCAAAAAAUAGUUUAAAAGAUGGCGGUCUAUUCAACAUGUGCAGUUCACCAGAAAAUGCUCUGCGAGAUUUACGACGAAAACUAAGCUCGUUUGUUUGGACUCAAACAUUUCGAGUUAACAAAACAUUGCGUUCAAAAAAUGUACAUUCUCUAUAUCUAUUUCGCUAUUUUAUUUUUGAUCUGUGUGAAAGUCUUGCUCAAGGACGACACUCUCAUUCAACACCUAUUUCUGCUUAUCGUGGCACAAUACUUCAUCGAGAUAAAGUUGAACAAUUACAUGUCGGCGCACUUGUCUCUACUAAUAGCUUUCUUUCUUCGUCACGUUUUCCUGAAGUUGCGUUGUCUUUUAUAAGUUCUGAUCAAGGAGUCGAUACACAGACCAAUCGAAAUCGUAACAAUCCUGAACAAUUCGUUCUAUUUAAAAUCGAUAUUGACAUAAAUCAAUCACACGAUGUUGUUGUUGCUGAUAUAAGUAAUGAAAGUUAA